AUGUCGACAUGUAGUGAUAGAGCCGGUUCGUUCAACCCAGCUAGUGGGGGUUAUACACCAGCAAAUCGUGGCCCUGCUAGUGGGGAUUAUACACUGGCCGUGACCUAUAGAGGAGACGUCUAUUUCGUGCCCGUACUGUAUCCGUUUUUCGUGAUUGCACUUGUUGGCAUGCUAUAAGUUUAAUUAAGGGCAAUCCAUAUUUUACUUACUGAGUUAUCUCACCUUGUUUUUCUCGUCCACCAUUUCAGGUAGUGUGCCCCGAGACUCGAAAAUCAAGGGGAGUGACGUGAAAAGAAAAGGGCUAGCCACUUGAGAUUUGACAUAGAUUUUAGAUACAUGUACACCACGCUCCUGUAAGUUAGAUUUUAAUUGGAAAUUUUAUGGUAUCAAAACUGAUUUUGUUCAGUAAGUUUCGAGCCUUGUGCAUUUGUGAGACCCGUCUCACGAGUGCACGGCGUCUGUCGCGCCUCGGAUUUGGGUUCUGAGGCGUGACAUAAAGAUUGGAAACUUGA